AUGCCUGCUGCAUUUACAGCAACAUCGUCGCAUUGGUCCAAUGAUCAAUUUGAAUUGAUGGAAAGUGGUGAAGUACGGAAUAAAGUCACAAAAGAAGGGAUUUCCAAGCAAGAAAUACGACAACAUGGUGAAGAAAUUUUACGUGGUCUGAUUGAUACAGUUCAUACCCGAAUGUUGCAAGAAUUAUUAUUCCUGGAACAAGCCAUUCCACCGCUUGAAUUUGAGCGAAGCUCCGUGGAAUCAGGAUUUGAUCCGGGGGCGAGUACAACUGGUAGUCAUGUCAGUAUGGGAAGCUCUGUACGGUCGAGUUCAUCUAGUAUUUGCUCGACCAAUGAUGGAUUUCGGAUGAUGAUUGACACGGAUGAACCACGGUGUAUUUUUCACACGAGUAAAAACUUUAGUGUUGCGGAGAAGUUGUUGGUGUAUGUCUGUUCUUUUCGAGGAUUAAGUUGUGGUAUUUGGAGUCGUAGUGUUUUACUCAAGGAUGGAGUUCAAGUGGGUUCAAUGCUACCGUAUUUCCAAAAAGCUAUUGCUGCUGGAUAUGGAAUUUUAGUCAUGAAUCCAAACAUGAAUACGCAGUUGAUGGUGACAUCCGAUGGAACUGUAGAGAAAAUGCCGAUUCGAGGCUCUAGUGAUGCUGAAGAGCAUUGUGACCAUGUGUGGCGGAACUAUAUUUUCCCGUCUGCAGCUCAUAAAGUACACUUUAUUGCUUAUGGAUAUGGUGGUGUCUUAGUGACGCAGUUGAUCGCCAAGUACCGCUUUGAACUGAAGAGUCGAUUGGGUAAUGUGGCUUUUAUUGAGAGUUCGCACAAGAUUGCCCCGUCAUGGAACUCUGGUUUUAAACGGUUCUUCUCGCAGCAUAGUAUACUAUGGUCGAGGUCAGAAUUUCCUCUCAACACAGAACUUAGUCGUGAUGCGACAGCUUUUACGGUAAGUAGAGGUCCUAGUGGUAUUGGAACAACAUCAAGCAGUGACGAUAUGUUGUCGGCGAAUGCAUCGUCGCCGCAAUCACGCUCUCCCGAUAGUUCCUGUGCUGCGCAGAUGUCAAGUUUUGGCUGCAUUUGCUUGUCUGCAGGACCUUGUGAAGGUGCGAACGAAAGUCCAGCGUAUACAACAAAAGCGGUGCUGGAUACUGUGUUUGCGUUCUUGGCGUCACCUACACCUUAUGAGUUCCAGCGUCGUGCAGCACGUGAAAUGCGUUUAGACACAUUAUUGGAGGAGCAGCAGCAGAAGAAAGCUAAUAGACAAGGUGGCUACGGCGGGGAUGGUGGGCAAGAUGCAGAGAGUGAAUGCAUACGUCGGGAUCAACCUUUACGCGUACCGAAGCAGCCAGCGCACGAUGCAGUACUUGGUGGUGCCGCUGGAAGUGCUUCUCGCGAGCUAAAGCCGCGUGAAUACGACUCUUUGACAAUUGACGAUUUCGACCUGUUGCGCGUCGUUGGUCGCGGUGCCUUUGGUAAAGUAAUGCUGGUCCGACGUAAGAUACCGCAGCAACGGAAGGGAGCGCGAUUAUUAAGUCCUGGCACUAUGAUGGCGAUGGGUAUGACGCCGCAGCAGAUUGCAAGUGCCACAGGUGGCGAGAAUGGCAAAGUUUACGCUAUGAAGGUGAUCAAGAAGGCUGCUGUGUUUGCAAAGAAUCAAGUAGAACACACGAAGACGGAACGGCGUAUUUUGCAGGGCGUGGAUCACCCGUUCAUGGUGAAGCUACGGUACGCGUUCCAGAAUGAUGCAAAGCUUUACUUUGUGAUGGACUUUUACAACGGAGGCACGCUGCACUUUCACCUGCGUCGUGCGAUGCAUUUUGACGAAGUGCGUACUCGAUUCUACUCAGCGCAGCUCGUGUUAGCCAUCUCGCACCUGCACACGUACAACAUUGUGUACCGCGAUCUCAAGCCGGAGAAUAUUUUGUUGGACGACAAGGGUUUCAUCGCACUUACUGACUUUGGUCUAUCGCACGACCACUUUGAUAGCAAGGACGGUAUGCAAACUUUCUGUGGUACGCCCGAGUACAUUGCGCCCGAGCUCAUUCGCCGUGUGUCGUACGGCAAGGCAGUGGAUUACUGGUCACUGGGCAUUCUCAUCUUUGAGAUGCUUGCAGGCUACACGCCGUUCUACCACGCAAAUCGUAAGCGCAAUUUUCAGAACAUUGUGAAGCUUCCUUUGCGGUUCCCGUCCGAGUUUUCCGAUGAUGCCCGAUCUUUGCUGCGUGGCUUGAUUUGCCGUAACCCAGCGAAGCGACUCGGUUCUGGUCCGUGUAGUGCUCAAGAAAUCAUGGACCACCCGUUCUUCUCCGACGUAGAUUGGGAGAAGCUCUAUAAGCGUGAUGUGCCUGUGCCAUUCCGGCCUGUAGUCAAGUCGGACGGCGAGGUGAACAACGUGCCUGAAUUCUUCAAACGACAGGAAGUCAUAGACUCGGUGGUUUCAGACGCACCGAUUGGAAAGAGUCACGUUUUCCAGGGAUUCUCGUACACUGAUCCGUACAAUCUGUAG